AUUCAAUUGAAAGAAGGAAAAUUGUAUGCUCACAAUUCACAUGUUAAAAUGUUAUUUGUCAAAACUAUGAUGUUAAUGGUUUCAGUAGUCUUGUCGCAUGCAAAUUGCAAUAGGUCGUGUCCCUCGGUUGAUUCCACGAGACAUCCUUUUUAUAUUGCACACAAAAGAGAAUUGGGCUCCCUCCCUUGCACCCUUGACUUGAGUCAAAACCCAAAAUAGCUAAAGGGCCUCUCAGACCGAAGUGAUCAGCUGACGAUAAAGAAACAAGGCGGGAAAAUGGCGCUGCUGGGAGCAAGAGGAAGUGGGCUGGUGCUGCCAAAGCCGGUGACUUUUGUGACUGGCAACGCUAAGAAACUCGAAGAAGUUCGUGCCAUCUUGGGCUCCUCCAUCCCCUUUCAAUCCCUCAGGCUUGACCUGCCAGAAUUGCAAGGCGAACCGGAGGAAAUCUCCAAAGAAAAGGCUAAGUUGGCUGCUCUUCAGGUAAAUGGUCCUGUUCUUGUGGAAGACACUUGCCUCUGCUUCAAUGCCCUCAAAGGUCUACCUGGACCUUACAUCAAGUGGUUCCUGCAGAAGCUUGGACAUGAAGGUCUCUACAAUUUGUUGAUGGCAUAUGAGGAUAAGUCAGCUUAUGCAUUGUGUUCCUUCUCUUUUUCCACUGGACCUAGCGUUGAGCCUAUUACAUUCCUGGGUAAAACUCCGGGGAAAAUAGUUCCGGCAAGGGGACCGACUGAUUUCGGAUGGGAUGCAAUGUUCCAACCUGAUGGUUAUGACCAAACUUAUGCCGAGAUGCCAAAGGAAGAAAAGAACAGGAUUUCUCAUCGCUCCAGAGCUCUUGCACUGGUGAAAUCUCACUUUGCUGAAGCUGGGUACACUUUCCAGACUAACUCUCUGUAGAGUGAAUUUUCCUUAUCUUGUUGCAACAUAAGACGCUUCCAAAGUAUUGCAAGUUUUUUUCUCGUACUAGCAGUGUUUCCAGUUCCCUAUAGGAGAAGAUAGUGUGGAGGAACAGCUUUCUCACAUAUGCUGUAAACUUUUAUAACAUUGAUUACACAUUUCAGACAAAAGUAUUUAUGAACUAGAUAUGGAAAAAGAAUAACUCUAUUUCGAACCAUUGGAUUUGUACUAGUUCUGUUCUGCCCCAUAUAGUGAUGCAAUCUUUAA